CAGGCGAAUGUGAAUGUGGGCGCAGGGGCGGAGCCCGUUUCCAGUACCUAUCCCAGUUCCUCUUUCUUAGCCCCGCGCUGACUCCGCCUUGAAGCCGCUAUUCAGAGCGUUGUGUAUCACAUGAUCAGGCAUCCCAAGGCUUGGUCGACGGCCCGCGACGAGAUCGAUGCCGCCCGUGCCCAAGGGCGCUGCCAACAUCGCGUUGUUUCGUCGCACGACGCCCAGAGCCUGCCUUAUGUACAAGCUUGCGUGAAGGAGUCGCUGCGCUUGUUUAGCCCAACGACCAUGGGAUUGCCUCGUAAGGCCCCGAAGGGCGGCAUCACCAUCGCAGGCCGACACUUCGCAGAGAGCACCACUCUCAGUGUUUCUUCGCAGUAGGUUUGCGCGC